AAAAAAUGGUACGCGAGUUAAUAAAGUUUGGGAAACACUGCUUUUGACAGAUUUAUAAAGUUUACUUGGUAUAUGUAAAAAGUUGACAUGGCUGGUGAAGUUACAGUAGAUGCUUUACCUUACUUUGAUAAAGGCUAUGAUGAUCCUGGAGUACGAGAAGCAGCAACUGCAAUGGUUGAAGAAGAAACAAGAAGAUAUCGACCAACAAGAAACUAUUUGAACUUUUUAGCUCCACCUAACAUACAUGCAUUUGAAACCGAUAUAAUGAAAAAUGAGUUUGAGCGAUUGGAGGCAAGACAACCUAUGGAACUUCUUAGCAUGCGUAGGUAUGAUCUCCCAAUCCCACCAAGUGGUCAAAGGAAUGAUAUCACUGCUUGGGAGGAAUGCGUAAAAAAUUCUCAUGCUCAGUUGCAGCAUCAGGAUGUUCGAAUAGAAAACUUAAACUUAAUGCUGGAACAUGGAAGCAACGCUUGGCGAUUAUACAAUGAACAAUUGGUUGCAAUGCUUCAGGAUGCACAGAAACAGUUGCAGAGCAUAAAAAAAGACAUUCAGGAUGUCAAUUGGGAACGAAAAUCUGAGCAAACUAAAGCAGGGGAAAAGCUGAGAACAUUGGAAGCAAAUUGGGUUAAUUUAGUGAGCAAAAACUAUGAAAUUGAAGAAGCCAUAUUUCAUUUAGAGGUUUUGGCAAAGACUGAAAAUGCAAAAAUGGCUCAAUCUCAUGCUGAAAACGGAAAAAUCUCAUUAAAAGUUGCUGAAAAUGGAGAAAUGGAGUAGUUACUCUCAUUUAUUAUCGUUUACUUUGUAUUUACAUUAUUGCUGCCAUGUUUGGGCAAAAUUGGCUUGUAACGUUCAACCUUUUAAUAAAAAAAUAGUUUUACAAAAUAAUGGUUUAAGUAAUGGUGGAUUUUGUUUUUACAGA